GCCUGGAUUCAGGAUCGAACUUGUGUUCUUAAAAGAAAAUCACUGGAUGUUCAGUUUAACUUGUCUUUUGGCUCUUUCAUUUCUGUUUGGAGCUUUAAUGCCAUCACACACAACGAUGGAUAUCCUUGGAUCUUACUGAAUAAUCUCAAUAAGAUUUUAGGAAUGCAGAUUUAAUUUUUUUUUUUUUUUUGUCUCGAGGUUCCACAGAAAUAAGUAUCUCAUUAAAGUGACCCUCCUUUUCCAUGUUUGACAGUGAUUUUGCUUUGAAUGUCUGGAUAAAGCAGCAUGCUGGUGCAUUGCUAACAAGAACAAGACACAUAAAUAUGAAAUAUUGACAUUAAAGAUCAUGACGUAACAUCACAGCUCCAAGGUUUACUGUCACCUGCCUUUGUCCAGGAGUAAAAUACUGUAUUGUCCCUCGCUCCAAUGGUGAUGAUUGAUGAAACAUUGUUUAAAAAAAAGGAAAAUUAAGGCAAUUUAUCAAAUCAUUUCCUGUCCAACAAAAAGAACUGCGGAUAAAGACCAAAUAACAAACAAAUUAUCCUUUCAUAGGGCAGAGCUCAGUGGAAACAGUACUCACAAUUAUCAUUAAGUAUGGCUGUUGGCUUUUAUAAGUUUUACAUCUCAGUUUUGGCACUUCUUUGAUAUGAGGCCAUCACAUGUGGACAAAGGGAAAUCAAACUUGUCCAAACCAUUUUGCUGAUAUGCAAAUCAACCUAAUUUAGAUGACAAUAGCUUUCCCUCGUCUGCACAUUCUGCUUUUCGAUAUAAACCACAACACAGCUGCAGCUGGGUGGGAGGCAAGCAACAUCAUUAACAAUGGGGAAGAUUGUAUUUUUCGAGGAUAAGAACUUCCAAGGCCGAAGCUAUGAGUGCAGCACUGACUGCCCUGACCUGCGCUCUUACUUCAGCCACUGCAACUCCGUUAAGGUGGAGAGUGGCUGCUGGGUGCUGUACGAGCUCACCAACUACACCGGCUACCAGUAUAUCCUGAGCCCCGGGGAAUACCCUGAUCACCAACAGUGGAUGGGAUUCAAUGAUAGCAUCAAGUCAUGUCGCUGUAUCAAAAAUGUAUACGGAAAGUCCUGGAAGAUCCGGUUCUACGAAAAGCAGGAUUUCGGAGGUCAAGCAGUGGAGUGUGUUGAAGAUUGCCCAUCGAUUUACGAGGCCUUCAAGUUCCGGGAGUUCUACUCCUGUGUGGUGAUGGACGGUGCGUGGGUUCUCUACGAGCAGCCCAACUACCAUGGACACCAGUACUUCCUGGAACGUGGAGAGUAUCCUAGCUAUACAGACUGGGGCGCCACCUCCCCUGCUGUGGGAUCUUUCCGCAUGAUCAAAGAGUUCUAGAACAGCAGCAACCAUGCAGGGUUCUGCCACCCCUAAAAGAGUUAUUUCAAUGCUUGGUCCACAGACGUUCUAGAAUUCUAAAGAAGGGUUCUAAAACCCCUACAAGGUUCCAAAGCCCCGAGGCAACCAAAACUCCACGAAGGUUCCGGAAUCCUGAGGACGUUCUAGAACCCCUCGAAAAGUUCAGAGUUCCAGAAGGUAACCAACAAUGGAGAACCCUUCAGUCUCCCACCUGCUUUUUCCAUUUGGACACUUGUCCUUCUCCCCCAGAACCCUGAGCGUUGCAGUCAAAUGAAUAAAAA